GGCAACGUGUAGCAAGAUGGGCUGUGCCAUGUCCGCGGAAGAGCGAGCCGCUCUGGCUCGCAGCAAGCAGAUCGAAAAAAAUCUCAAGGAGGAUGGUAUCCAGGCGGCCAAGGACAUUAAACUCCUGUUGCUUGGAGCGGGCGAGUCUGGCAAGAGUACGAUCGUGAAACAAAUGAAAAUUAUCCACGAGAGCGGCUUCACGCCGGAAGACUUCAAGCAGUACAGACCAGUCGUAUACAGUAACACGAUACAAUCUCUAAUCGCUAUUCUCAGAGCAAUGCCUAAUCUGGGCAUCAGCUUUUCAACCAACGAACGAGAGACGGACGCAAAAAUGGUAUUCGAUGUAAUACAAAGAAUGGAAGAUACGGAACCUUUUAGCGAAGAAUUGCUAGCGGCUAUGAAGAGGCUGUGGUACGACAAUGGAGUGCAGGAGUGCUUUGGUAGGAGCAAUGAGUAUCAGUUGAACGACUCCGCGAAAUAUUUCUUGGAUGACUUGGACCGAUUAGGAACGAGGGAUUACCAGCCAACGGAACAGGAUAUUCUCAGAACUCGAGUAAAAACGACAGGAAUCGUGGAAGUCCAUUUCUCAUUCAAAAACCUCAAUUUCAAAUUAUUUGAUGUAGGUGGUCAGAGGAGUGAGCGUAAGAAAUGGAUACAUUGCUUCGAGGAUGUAACUGCAAUUAUUUUCUGCGUAGCAAUGUCCGAAUACGAUCAAGUCUUGCACGAGGACGAAACGACGAACCGAAUGCAAGAAAGCUUAAAGCUGUUCGACUCGAUUUGCAACAACAAAUGGUUUACCGACACUUCGAUUAUCCUCUUCCUGAACAAGAAGGAUCUCUUUGAGGAAAAAAUCCGCAAGUCUCCUCUCACAAUCUGUUUUCCCGAAUAUGCUGGUGCGCAGGCGUACAGUGAAGCGGCUGCAUACAUCCAGGCACAGUUCGAAGCGAAGAACAAGUCGACCACGAAGGAGAUUUACUGCCACACGACCUGUGCCACCGACACGAACAACAUUCAAUUUGUGUUCGACGCAGUCACAGACGUCAUUAUCGCCAAUAAUCUGCGCGGCUGCGGUCUCUACUAGGCUAAUUCUGUAUUCUACGUUAAGCGCAAACGGAGGAGGAAAAUGUUAUCCACGACAUGGCUGGCCGGACGAUAUUCUUCAAUGGGUUCGUGGCUCGUCUCGGUUCUAUUCCGACGCGAGAGAGAGAGAAGGAGAGCGAGAGAAUGAGAGAGGAAGACCCCUUCGUUAUCAAUGCUAUGCAGAAGCGUAGCAAAACGUUUAGUUUGUCUUGUCUUAUACUAAUGAAUCUGAGAAGCCGACAAUCGUUCGUAAUGUCGUUUAGAAAAACGGCAUGCUCCUUGACGAAGGCAGUGAGAAAGAACGAUCGAUUGUGAGAGAAAUGCGUGCUUUACGAACGAGAUGGUGAGCCAUUGAUGGAUCCUUGGAGAGGAUAGAUGUCGCAGAAAACGAGAUUGAAAGCGACGAUUUCGCGGGUGAUAUCACGAUCUUAGUAUAUAUGCCGAAGAAAGGGAUCUUAGUUAAUCGUACUUGUAUCCGAUUGUCGACGGUGAAAACAGUCGGGUACUGUAUAAAAUUGAGAGGGUCGCGGACCGUUUAAUCGAAGCUGGCCAUUGAGAAUCGUCGAGGCUCGUGCACAUUUUAUACCGCGAUUUUCGGCUUCGUUCUCGUUUCGCUAUAGAAACGCUCGAGCAUUCCAUGACGCUCCACGCGGAGGAAGAGAGGAAGAGUCACGCGUGCGCGCCGCGCAUACCAAUCGAAACCUUUUCCCACAAUUUUCGCACACAGAUUUUACUAAGCGCACUUGAAGUUCAGUUUAUAUAUACACGUUCAUAUAUUCUCUUAUGUCUCUCCUUUACAUCGAGGAACAAAUUCGCACGCGAUCUCUCGAGAGCGUUGACAUGCGUUUUUUCAGAUUUGCAUUUUGAUAAGCGGAGAGCGGUUGAAGGACAACGCGGCAAAUUUUGUAAGAGAGCAAUGUGUCGAUAUCGCGAAGUAUCUCCAAGCUCAGUUGAUUACUUCUCGUAAUAUAAUGGAUAGAUCCUUUUAUUUUUAUUUCAUGUCAUUUCUAUACGUCAUGCAAAUAUUACGCAUGCGGGAUAUUCCUAAGCACAGGAACAUUACAGCUACAAAUGUCGAUCCAUACGCACAUACACGCGCAUAAAUUAUUUUUCACGAUGGAGCAAUUUAUUCCCUUCGUUAACGAUCGUCGACAGAGUGUCAUGUACAGUAUACUUUUAGCGCAUGUACACGAAUUCCAAGUAUAUGUAAGAACGUGUCGACCCUUGAAAUUCUCGCGACUCUGAAAUCAUCCGUUCGUACGGUGAAAUUUUCUGGUAGGAAUAUGAGGGAAUUGAAAAGUUACGCGAUUUCUACGCGGAAUAAUCCGCGUUAUCUUACUCGCGGAUACCGAGGGAAAAAAAUUUUGCGAAAUAACGAGACUUCUUACGAUUAAAAAUGAUUGUCGCUAGUUUACUGACAGUGAAUCCAAGAUUUUCACGUGGACGCUCCGUGCGUUCGAGCAGGAACACACGUACCUGUGUGUACACAAUUUCUGAGACAUCCUGCGCAUACGCGUAUGCUGCGGCGCUGCGAUUCGCGGGAAUCCUAAGAGUGUAUUUUUCUAAGUGCUUCGUUUUUCUUCCUUUCCGUUUUCUUUUUCCUACGGGGGGGCGUACCGACAAUACUGAUAGUUAAGUUCAGUGUACGAAAAGAGAGGGAUGAGCGAGGAAAAGUGCGCACACACGACCUCACAUUUAGGCGCGUGUACUAACAUGUGCGUUUCUGGGACAGGACAAGUAAGAAUCUCGUUGCGCACAAUCGUACUGUACUCGGCGCUAUCUCGCAUAAGUUAUAUUUUAUUACACGAUAAUUGUUGGGGAAGAUACGGCGAGAAAAAAUGAGCCACCGAUGAUGAGCAUCGUUACAUUUCGAUACUCCGAUUGCUUUCUCGUCAGAAAAGAAGAAACUGAAGGGACGAUGGGAAUAGGCAGAGAAGUAACUGCGUAUGGGGCCUACGCAUAAAGAUUGUCAUAAUUGUUUUUGACAGUGUCAUAAGUUAAUGUACAAUGAUCGACACACAUCGAUCAAACGGCAUACAUUGAAAAUAAUUACGAUAAAUCUUUGUGCGUUGUGAUUCUAUUAGAAAUACGGAAAAAAAAAGAUUUAUUAAAAUAACUAAAAGCUUCACUGAUUCAGCAAAUCUACGGUCGCGUAAUAUACA